UGGCGGGCCAUUUCCGGUGGCCAAAUUCCGGGGCAGGAGGGCUGUCAGCGACCCCUUGCCUUCUAUGGGGGACAAGGCAGGCGUAUAGCAUGCUCAGCCCUCCCUCUCCUGCAGCCCCUUCCUUUCAGGCCGUUCAAGACCCUCAAAUCUGUCCGCUUCCUCGGACCUGGUCAGCUUGCAGCCAGGAGCACUCGAGACGUCAAGAGCCAGACGCCUGGGGACGUUUGCCCCAGGCCCCUGCCUUGCCUGGGACGCCCUGGCACUGGCACGUGCAUGACACCAUGGGCCUGCCGCUCCUGGUCCUGCUGCUCCCGCUGUGCUGUGUCUCUGGCCUGCCCUUCUACAAUGGCUUCUACUACUCCAACAGUCUCAAUGGCCGGAACUCGGGCAACGGCCACGGCGAAGGCAUCUUCAACGGAGUGAAGCUGGUGGUAGAGACACCUGAGGAGACCCUGUUCUCCCAUCGAGGGGCCAACGUGACCCUGCCCUGUCGCUACCGCUACGAGCCAGCCCUAUUCUCUCCACGGCCCGUGCGCAUCAAAUGGUGGAAGCUGUCGGAGAAUGGGACCCUGGAGCAGGACGUGCUGGUGGCCAUUGGGCGGAGGCACCGCUCCUUCGGAGACUACCAAGGCCGGGUGAACCUGCGGCGGGACAGGGAGCGGGAAGUGUCACUGGAGAUCCGGGACCUGAGGCUGGAGGACUAUGGGCGCUACCGCUGUGAGGUCAUUGAUGGGCUGGAGGAUGAGAGUGGCCUGGUGGAGCUGGAGCUGCGGGGUGUGGUCUUUCCUUACCAGCACCCCCGAGGGCGCUACCAGUUCAACUUCCAGGAGGCCCAGCGGGCCUGUGAGGAACAGGAUGCAGUGGUGGCCUCCUUUGAGCAGCUGUUCCGCGCCUGGGAGGAGGGCCUGGACUGGUGCAAUGCAGGCUGGCUGCAGGACGCCUCGGUGCAGUACCCCAUCACGCAGACCCGGCACCCCUGCGGCGGCCUGAGCCUGGCACCCGGCGUACGCAGCUACGGCCCGCGUCACCGCCGCCUACACCGCUAUGACGUGUUCUGCUUUGCGGCUGCCCUCAGGGGACAGGUGUACUACCUGGAGCACCCUGAGAAGCUGACGCUGGCAGAGGCAAAGGAGGCCUGCCAGGAAGAUGGUGCCCAGAUCGCCAAGGUGGGCCAGCUCUUUGCCGCCUGGAAGUUCCGUGGCCUGGACCGCUGCGAUGCUGGGUGGCUGGCAGAUGGCAGUGCCCGCUACCCAGUGGCUCACCCGCGUUCCAACUGUGGGUCUGUGGAGCCUGGUGUCCGAAGCUUUGGCUUCCCAGACCCACAGAGCCGCAACUAUGGCGUCUAUUGCCACCGCCCACGCUAGUACCCAGGCAUCAGCUUUGUGCCCACCCCUGCCUCCUCCCCUCACGGGCUGUAUUUAUUACAUAGUUCAUUUUCCCCUUGCAGGUUGGGGCAAUUUUCAUUUUGUUUUUAUACUUUUAAACUUCAAACAAAUUUGAA